AUGUCCUCUGGUCGCGUCUGUGCACGUUGUUCUCGCAUCAAGCAACGAUGCGACGGCGGCAUGCCGUGUUCGCGCUGCGCUCGCCUGGGUCAUGUCUGCGAGCCCCAAAAUCCGGCCCAGAGAGGCCCAAGACCGUCCGAUGCGACAGCACUGUGGGUGUUUGCAAAUCGCAGACCUCGCGCCUCGAGGUCCCGGUCUGGCUGUCUGUCAUGCAGGUCAAGAAAGAAGAAAUGCGACGAGAUCAUGCCUCGAUGCGGCGAUUGCCAACGCCUGAACCUCCCGUGUCGAUGGCCGAGUGACCACCAGUCCAGCCGGGCAGGGAGCCGACAUGCCCCCUCGUCUGUCAGCGCUGCUUCGGAAACUCCUGAGGUCCUGUCGCCGCAGACAACAUCUUCCGACGAGGGUCGGUCUUCGGUCGAGGAGUUGCCGGUCGUCAGCUCCCGGGGUUCGCGCUCGCUGGGGAUGCGCCUAUCGCCGAAUUGCUCGUGGAAUCCUCACCUUCAGACGAGCGAAGACAGGUCGCUGUUCAACCACUACGUCCACAUCGUCGCCCGUGCCUUGUCUCGCUCCAGUGAUCUGGACGGCAACCCAUUCAUCGCCACACUGCUCCCGAUCGCCGCGACCUCGGACACGGUGACCAACGUCAUCCUGGGAUUGAGCGGAGGCCACUGGAGGAGAGUCUAUCCCAACAUAUGGAACCGUGCGCUGACCCGACAGGGGAAAGCAUUAUCGCAGAUCAACCGCCUUCUCACGCUCUCAGACCCACGCUCCACCUUCGAGGCCUGCACCGCCGUCCUGCUGCUCUGUCUGACGGAGCUCUUCGACGGCACCUCCCGGGUAUGGAAAUGGCACUUGAAAGCUGCCAGCGCCAUCCUGAAAUCCCUACCGAUGGACUCCCUCGCAUCCAAGUCAGAAUGGAACUUUUGCAUCAGUCUCUUCCACUAUCUCGACGCCAUGUCGACCAUCUCCAGCUGCAAGCCCCCGUUACUGCACAGCGACAGCACCAUCGAGGAUUUUACCGCCCUGCUGGCGUCCCGGACGCCUCCGGAACCAUUGCCUGAAUCCAAAGGCUCCAUCGACGCUAUCUACGGCAUCUCCCCGGCUCUCUUCGAUUUUCUCGGAAUGGUGAACCUCCUAGCCGACCACCGUAAUCGUCGCGUGGACGAACUAUCCGAAAUCGGAUUCCGCACCGCUGCCGCACAUCUCGAGUCUCAGGUGGACUCCUGGCGAUCAAACCAAGACCAUAUUACAGAUACACCCUUAACCGGACCGGCGAAGGAAGUUGCCGCCGCCACGACGGCAUUCGAGUGGGCCAUCCGGCUGCGCCUUCACCAGAUCGUGGAGGGGUAUGAUCCCUCGCAUGAGAAGGUAGAAUCAUCCAUCCAACGGAUCCUGGCCGCUGUCCUGGAGAUUCCGUACGGCAGCAAGGUCGAAGGGUGUCUGCUUUUCCCGCUGGUGAUCGCCGGCGCGAGCAGUACGGACAUGGAGCGUCGAAUGUUCGUCAAGGAACGGCUGAUGGUUCUGGAGAACACCCUGGGGUUCCGUCAUAUACAGUAUGCGCGGCCUUUGCUGGAGACGGUGUGGGAGGAUGAGCCGUAUGGAGAAGGCAGCGGACGGGGUCCGAAUUGGGCGUAUGUUCGCUACAGCCGGUUUCCGGGCGUUGUUUUUGUCUAG